AUGGAGAGCGGGGUUCGAGCCGGCAGCGAAGACGCUGAUGAUGAGAUCGUCCAGAUGGUGGCUGAACUCACCUUCCAGAAAGAAUACCUGAAGGCCCAGUUUAUAGAAUUGAAUGAGAGCAGAAUUGGCAUCGGAAUUGGUCAGGGGGUGGGCGUGCAGGCAGGAGAUUCACCUUCAGAAGAUUUGUCACGGCUUCGGGAGGAAAUAAGGACUCUGAGUGUAGAGAUCCAGGAGAGGAGGGAGACUCAGAAAGCCGCUGAGGAUGCCCUGGCGAAUCUGAGAGUCCUGUACUCAGAGCUGGAUGCGCGGGCCGAGGAGCUCUCUGCCCAGCUAGCAGAAGGUUGACUUUUUCUGCACUUGUAUGUUUCUUUUGUAGUGGGAACUAUGUUGCCGUCUUUAAUUCGGAACAAGUGCCCAGAGCUGUCAUAAAACUUCAGAUGGGAAAAUGCGUUGGGGAUUGAACAAGGCUGCAGUUUGUCCAGGACAUAAUUAACGAAUCCUCCUGUCCCAAUUCUCAACCCAAGUAACCUUCAGUGAGCAAAUUGUCUGUUCUUCUGCUUAGUUGCCUUCCUGUUGGGCUCUGGAAUGCCACGUAUGGGCCCCAUUUUAAGGUAUAAUGAGCCGGUACUGACAUCCGCUUCCAUCUUACUUUCCAGUUUUGGGUCCUAGUAACAAUCAGCCUUUCUUGAAGCCUAUUUAUUCCUUAUAAAACACAGACUAGCUUCCUAAGUCGGGCUUCUGUAGACCAUUCCAUCAAAUCUUUAUUGAUCCAGAAUUUAGCGGCUGAAACACACCCUCUUGUUUCUGGAUAAUUCCUGUUUUAAACGAAAAUUUGUUCAACUGGCUGACAAAAAAUUAACUCCUGUUCACACUAGUACAGAACAUCACUUUUUGUCACUAUCUAAAAAAUACGCUAUAAUUUCCAAGGAAUAGGAGGGUUGAACAGAAAAACAAAAGCCCUUUGCUGCAGCAGAGAUAGCAUUAUUAGCUGUCUUGUUUGAGACAUUGCCCAGCAAUCUGCAUUUUCUGCUGAUAUAGGCUGUUCUUAGGUUUUAAAUUUCCUUCAGGACAUAGUCAUCCAGUCUGUCCCUCUACUUAUGAUGGUGAAGUAAAUCUCAGGUCUGAAUGAUCCCUGGACAUUUUCCUGGUGGGCUUUUAAGGUUUUUGCCUUUCUGAUCUUGUAGAGGUUAUUGGGAAUCAUAGAAUUAUGGACAUAGUUUUCUCUGACUUUUUUUAGAAUGGAUCAGGCAAAAAGUCUACGUAUGAAAGAAUUUCUUUAGUACUGCAGUGGGCUGCUUGCAAAAUUUGGUUGAGUUAGUGUCAAUAGUGAGUUCAUUCAACCCUUCAAAUUGAGGUUCCAUCCUAUGAAUCACCUGAAAAGUUUAAUUCUUACAAGCCUUCUCAAAAUCAACCUUGAGAGCCAUUCCUCUAUCAUGUUGUCUCUGACUCGGAUAUAUACUUUUAAACUGUAGCAUCAUGGUCGCUGUCACAGAAGAUGAGACUGCCAUCUUAGAGAGUAGAUGUGCCUCACUAUGUAUGAUGAUUAAAUUUCUAUUCCCAUUUUGUCAUCGCUUGUUUUUCUUGUUUCCAAAAGGUAGUCUUGCUUCCUAUGUUUUGUAGCAGCCUUCAUCAAGAUUUGAAUUGCACUCUGUCUUGUCACACAAUUGAUGUCAUGUCCAAAAUGUACUCAUAAUUUUCGGUGCAUUUUAUAUCUCCUAUUGUUCUAAUCAUAAUCAUAGUCAUAUUCAUUUACCUCAUUCCUCGAACUAAUAAUUUGAAUCCGUGGUUUCUGUAGCAUGUGCCAAGUGGAGACUACCUACUGAAAACAAGCCUUCCAUUUUUUCCUUCGUCAACGAAGUCCACAGUAUCAUAGGGACAUGAGUCGUAUAUGCAAAAGAAAACCUUGUUCUGAAGGCAGAAGAAAAAGAAAAACGUAAAUUAUCUAGCUUGGCAUUUAAUCAUUAAGUUGUCCUAUCUUUACUAUCCUCUUAUGGUUCUGGACAUCAUUUCUCAUUGAUUCUGUUUCCUUUUUCCUUAUUAUCUAAGUUUGAUUUGUUUCACCAUGACCUUUAAGUGAAGUAUGACUUUCUUUUGUUUCCCUCAGCUUCUGUGAUCAUUCUUGUAUGCUAUCAAUCUUACCAUUAUGUUCCACUUCUCUAAAAAGAGUGGUCUUUGAUCGACAGUGUGGGUCCAAUCAUCAGUACCCUCCCUAAUCAUCUUUUGGGCGUAUUUUUCCUUCACUGGUUCCGGAAAAGCAAUGUCUUUAUUCUCCACUCUUGUCUGUUGUUGUUGUUUUAUUCUCCAUCUUUUGUAAUGCCAUCUCAAAUGGUGACUCUAAUUCAUGAAUAAUGCUAGUUCAAACCCCUUAAGUGAAUUAUUGUGGACCAUGAUUUCUCAAAAUAAUAGUCAUACAGUGAAGAACGAUAGAGACCUAGAUUUUCGUAAAGAUGAAAAUAUCAUGUACCGUGGUGCCAAAUUAUGAUCAAUCUGUUUUCAACUUUUCCUGUGGCACUCAACUGUAGCUUUUUCUACAUUAGAAGUUACAAAACUGUAUCCUACUUGGAACAGACUGAAGAUUUAUAAGCUUAUUCUUUCUGUUGGUAAUUUUCAGUCUGCUGGUGAGAUGCAUCAGCUUUUUAUUAUAUUUUUUUCCGGUGAUCGUCUAAUUUUCUUGUUUUGCAUAUUACCUUGUUCAUCAUUUUGUUGAUUUCUUAUGUAGCUCAACAGAAGAUGGAACAGGAAAUAAAAGUGCGUGAUGAAAAGUAUAUGGAUCUUGAUUCCAAGUUUGGGAGGCUUCACAAACGUGCAAAGCAAAAGAUUCAAGAGAUACAAAAGGUAUGAUGGAUGUCUGUGCAACUUGUUAAUUUUAAUUCCGAUGUUUAUGUCACAUAGAAUUUGGGGUGAAAAUUAUCAAUGUGAUUGUUAUUUGACGUAAUGGUUCUGCCCAUCAAUGGUUUGUCUGGUGAGUGAUGAGUUUGUUUUUCUGAGAGUGUUGGAUACUAUCAUGUACGAAGAUCAGGAGGAGAAAAUAUUGUGCAGUGGAAUUAAAAUUUAAAAUGAAUACCUUUAUGUAUGGCGCGAAGACAUAUGAUGCUGACUUGAUGAAAGACAGUUGAAAAAUAGGUUUCACAAAUUAAAAUGUUCUUACAGAAUGCUGCAAUUAGAGGCUUUCCAAUGUGUGACAAUUCCGAUCAUCAAACCAGAUUUGGUCUCAGUUGGCGUCUGUGCUAUGCACAGUCAGACUAGAGUUAAUCCUUUUUGUAUUGUGGCAUUGUUGCUGUGGUUCUGACGCUUGAUUUUCUAUGAGAAAUACAUUGUAGAUUUUUCUUCCUGGUUUGUUGAGUGGUUCAAGCUUUUUUUCAGCCAUCUCUAAACUGAUUGGGGGGAGGGAACUAAUUUAGAUUUUAUUUGAUGCAUUGUGUUAUGUAGCCUUGGUGAAUUUUAUGUCCAAAUUCAGAUAUGCGCGGGAUAUCAGUAAUAGGCUAUUGGUUUUGAUGCUGACUCAACUAAAGAAUGGACAUUAAUGACUCUGUCAGGAUUUGUAUCUUCUGUACAGGUUAAAGGCAAGAAGGAAUGAUUAUUAUAACUGUCAUGGCUCUUAUGAGAGCUCUUUUCUUAUGACUCUGAUUUUACUUGGAUUCUUUCAUAGUUAUUUGCCCUAUCACUUGAUGCGUAUUUGCCUCAUUCACUUUAAUCGCAUUUUUGGUUUGAUUCAUACCAUAUUUCGAUAAAAAAUGAAAAAUAAUAUCUAUUCAGGAAAAAGAUGAUCUUGAAGUGCAUCUUCAUGAGGUCAAAGAGAAGGCUGAGCAGGCAGCUGCACAGCAGUCAUUAGCACAGCAGGAAUUAGAGCGCACUCUUCAGCAUGCCAAUGAAGCUCUAAGGUCGAUGGAGUUUGAAAAAAAACAACUGAGGACAUCCAAUAGCAAGUAAAUACAUCUUUAAUCUCAUUUUCUUGUUAAAUAUGAGUUUCUGCAAAUUUAGCUGACGCAAACCAUACAAGAAUAAACAGUCAGGAAAAAUAUUUUAUUCAUCUCAAAUCAUAGAACAAUGGCUAGUUGUGUAUAGUUACCUUGACCACAGAAAAACGUAACUACUUUGGUUAAAGAAGCUGACCAACUAGGAGGCUAACAAACUAGGAAACUGUCCCACUAGAAAACUGACCCACAUAAACUAACUCCGAAGUACACGUUUUUCCCAAGUAACCUUUAUGAUCUUCACCGUUCUUGUGAGAGUGAGUAGUGUCAAUUUCAAAACUAAGAAAAAAGAAUCUCUGAUACAGAGUUCAUCGUCGGGAACAAGGUUUAGAGACUGAACUAUUGGUAUCAGGCCAUCAUCUGGAUCGUGCCUAGGGACUUAGAAAUCGUGUCAACUUUGUAUGUUGUUGGCAUGACUGAUAUCAGCUUUGUACUGUAUCAUAUUUUAGAGCCAAUUGAAUUUAUUUUAAUUAGAAAAACAAUUCUUUUUUAGCAAGUUUAAGGAUACAUGCUUUUAGGUUUUUUUUUAUAGAAAGUUUAAGGAUAUAUGCUUACUUAAAUCGAUUUUUCUUAUGACAUUUAUUCCAUCCUUAAUAACAUUUGUACAGUUGAGGUUAGCUUGACUUUUUCAGAUUUACAAGCUGGGCAGGAGUUCAAGUUAGUGUACACUGUCUCUAAUCAGAUGCUGUGCACAUCAAAUCUGGGGAUGGAUUAUGCUACCUUCAAUCUGAAAUGCUGCAUGUAUCAACUAUGCUGCAUUAACCCAUUUUUCAUGGACUUAUCCUUCCCACCUUUCAUUUUAAAUGUGUUUGACAGAAAGUACUUGCAUACAUGAAUGAUAGUUCAAAGACGAGAUGGAACAUAUUCUAACUACAUAAAAUACUACAAGGCAAACGAUCAUGAUGAUAGUUCAAAGACGAGAUGGAACCCUGUGAUCUGUCUCAGAGUAAAUCCAUUAAAUAAAUUAUUGGAUGUACAUUCGGUUUCCCAAACGACUGCUAGAAGCUCCAGUUUGAUCUUGUUAGAGUAAUGCUGUUGUAAUAUAUUCUAACUACACUUCUUUUAUCUUUUUUUUGUUCCGGAGUGUUCUCUUGUCUGUUCUUCUACGAGCAGCAUUCUUUUUUCUAAUGCUAUGUUGACAUGCUAAGAAUUUUUUUGCUCCAUGUCCAGUUUUCAUCUCAUUCCAUAUCCUAAUCUUCAUAGAAGCUAAAAUAGAAAAAAAAUAUAAUUUUUAUGCAUACUUGAAUUUUUGUUUCUGCCUUGGUUCUAACCGUAUGUACCUUUUCACAGACUCCGAGAAAAUAUGGAUGAGUUGUGUCGUGCCUUGGAAACCAAGGAAAAUUCUUUUGAGGAGUUACAACAGUCACUUUUAAAAAAAGAACAGGUGCUACUGCAAUUUUAUAUUUUUUUACUUAAUGAUGAUCGGAAUGCUUUCGUCUAAUACUUUUGAACUUUUCUUUGCUCUUUUAGCUGGAUUACCGUGCUUUUAAAGUUAAAAUUUUUAUUUGUAUAAAAUAUAUUUUUAGUUAUUUAACGGUCACCUGAUGCCAUCCACUUUCCAACAAAAACAAAUCUGACCAAUGUUUCAUGGAAAGAAUUUCCUUGGUACUAUCACAUUCUGGAUGGUGUAUCGGCCAUCAUCAUGCUAUAUCUUCUGACUUGACUGGAACUUUGCACUCAUCCCAGGUGUGAUAUACAUAUUAUACUGCAUUAGUUCAUUAUUACAGGAGGGUGGUUCAUGCUAAUGGAUUUGCAUAAACCCACUGGGGCAUGUCGUACUUUAGGCAUAUGAUGACUACCCUGUGGAGAUGGAGAUAUUAUGGUGAGGUAGGAACAUACGUUGGACACUCUGAUAAAACUGCAGUGUGUGGUAACAUAACAUUUCUGUGACCCUGUGGCCCAGGUGGAGUGUGAAAAUGGGUAUAUAUGCGCGGGACGAAGCUCUUCAGUAGAAAGUACUCUUGAUUUACAUUAGAUGAGGCCUUUUGUGAUGAGAAAUGAUGUAGCAACAUUUGGUAACAAAAAUAGUUUAUAAUAUCUUGGUGAAUCGGUGCUCAAUUUCACUCAUGAUUACAAGAUUAUGUUACUUUGGAUUCCAAGGUAGAUAGACUACCUUUGUAUACACAGUAGUUGAUGUUUGAGAGCUUUUCCUGGGAGCACAUAGAAAUCAAUCUAAUAGCAUGUGUAAAAUUAUGACAUCAACAGAUCACCAACAAUAAAACGUUCGAAUGACUGUACAGAAGAAUCGAGGAAGUGCAUGUAUUUUCCUUGAUUUUCUGUUGCAUUGUUACCAAAGGAAGUCCUGUCUUUUCUUUACCUCCAUUCUUUCACUAGUCCUGCAAGGAUCACUAUUCUCUGACCAGUUCCUUCCAACGUAGCAUGUUUUUGAACGUCAAAGAUAUCAUGUGAAGUUAGUGAUCUAAUGCAUCAGAUUGGGGGAUGGUCAAUGUAUAAAGUGGGAACCAAAUCUUUUUUUCCUCGUUAUUUUUUCCCUAUGUUCCUACCUUUCUGUAUUCUAGAUUCAAUUAUCCUUUACACAGUAUUAGAAUAGGUUUCUUGUUGAUUAAAAGUGAUAACAAGGAGAAAGGAGUUCUACUUUGUAGAAGUGGCUACAUUCAUACCGUAAAUGGUCACAGUAUCUCUGGGAAGUGAAAACCCUCAGUAAUGGAAGUGUAUCUAGAUGCAUUAGCUUCUGUGGGGACAGCAGCUGAUACAAAAAGUUCAUUUUGAGGCUUUAAACAAUUAAUCAUUUGUAUGGGGUUCUGGGGUGAUGGUCACUUCCUAUCUCCUGUGGAUGUGGCUGGGAUCCUUGUAAUUCUACCCAACCCUUCUGUCUUCUCCUACGCCCUACUUAAUAAGCACUUCGGUAACCAACCAAGCAUGAGAGGAGAGGGGAUAAGAUUUUGUCAAGUCAACAACUGGAACCUGCAUGAGAGGAGAGGAGAGGAGAGGGGGUUUGCACAUUGCUGCAAAGUGUACUAGAUCCUGAAGCUGGGAUUGGCUAAUCUUGUGUCAUGAGUUAUCUCUCAGGAGUUGCAAUAUUGUAUCCUUUUACACUGUCAAAAUUGAGUAUAUCACUGUAGAUGACUUUUGACAGUGAUGGAAGAGAGCCUACCUUUGAUGAAGAGGGCUUGGUUUCAAUUGCACUCAUGUUCAUAUUCGAAGUAGUAUCAUAGUUUCUCUUCAUCAAGUUCUCUGUUCUUGUAGUUGCUGGAAGAUACACAAAGAUUGCUUCAAGCUGCAGAGGAAAAGAAACAAGCGUCAAUUGCUGAUCUCUCUUCUAAACACCACAAGGUAUUGUGAAUAAUUCGACAAACAUUUAUUUUUUUCAAUCUUCCUAUUAUUCUGAAUAAGUACUUUUCUUGAUUGUUUUCCUUUUUUAAGUCAAAUGACUCUUUCAUCAUUUUUAAUGCCUUGUCAGAUAUUAGAAAGUAUGCAAGCACAACUUGCGGAUGCAUUAUCUGACAGAAGUAACGCGGCUGAGGCCAUUGCUUCUCUCCAGGUACACACAUUCUCAUAUAGUUUUAUUUCCCUACCGUCCCAGCAUUUGAAUAGGCUGGAAAUGUUGUUAUUUUCAUUACAAGCCUAAAAGUUUUUAUUUUUCUCGUUUAUCAUGAAAGUAUCCAUGUGUCAUGUUGGAAUUAAAAAAAAUCUAUUGACUUGGAUUUAACUUGAUCUUGGCCAAUCAAUUUAAAGGGGCUAAGUUACCUCUUGAAACUGGGGACAUUUAAGAAGGCUACAAGUUAUUCAAUUUCAACACCAAUGAAUAUCUAUUCCCUCCUAUGGAAGAGAUGACGUUGAUUCCAUGCAGCUGAAUGCACUGGCCUUUUAGGAGAAAAAGACAAAAUCUCAUCCGUCACUCUAUGUGGGGAAGACAAAGAAAAAGUUAAAAUGUUGCAGAAGGUGAAACAGAUUCAUAUCUUGGUCAUCAAUGAUCAAAAUUUGUCCAUUUCUUGGCUUAGCGUGCUUGCUAGAGUAUCUUGAGGCUUGGGAAAAUGAUUUUAUGAGAGUAUCGAGUGGAUGAUGCACAUGGGCAUCAAAUUAAUUUUUGAAGUUGCUUGUGCUAAAACUGAAGCAAAAUAUAGGGUUACCUAUGCCCCCCCAGUCUCAUCUAUUUAUGCAUAGAGAGGGGAGUGAGGAUUACACGAUGAUACCUAUUUAUGCAUAGAGAGGCUCGUCUAUAGUCUAAGUCACUCACUAACAUGCAGCGAUAGUGGGCCCGUUACACUCAUAUUCUAACGGACUCUCCGGUGAUGGUCCUGUCCUGAUCUGUUUAACUCAAUCUACCUUUUUUGCAGGUGCUGAUUAUUGAGAAAGAUUCCAGAAUUGCAGAACUUGAUGCUGCUUCAACAGGUGAGAUCGCACGACUUGGAGCUGCUGUGGAGGCUGCAAAACAGGAGUUAAAUCUUUUGAAAAAUGAGCAUGUAUGGAUUUUUUAUUUUUUUUUGUUCUUAUGGGUUUUUUUGUCCUUAUGACAUCCAAUAUGUGGUUUAAAGCACUUUGGAUUAUAGGUAGUCAACUUAUUUGGUAAAAGGUAUCUUUAUCAAGACCUAUAUGAUUGCUGGGUUCAGAUAUAGUUAGCAAACUCUCUUAUCAAUUCAGUACUCUCUGUCUGGACUGUGGAUACAUGAACUUUUUACUCUUUUGACUUAUCCUGACAGGUCCAAAAGUUGGCUUGUACGUGAGGGUGUAUGUUAAAAAUGUUUGCCUAUUUGUUACUAAAAGAGGUUUGUGAUUAUAGAGGCAGAUCCACUUCACUCCCUAGCCAAAUGGUUUUGAGUUAAAACAGAAUAACAUCAACAUGAUAUUAGCGCUGAUGGUUAAUCUUCGGUUACAUGCACCCACUCUAUAAUGUCUGAGUGACACUUUUGAGUCCAAAAGUCGCACAUGAUGAGGGAGUCACAAUAGUUAUGUAUUGGGUAAUACAAAAGUAUACUUAUAAUGGUUUAAUAUGGACUAUUCGACACUCUGAACUGUUUUUAGACUGCAUGGUUCAGUAAGCUAAUAAUAAUUUUAAUGCUCAUGAUUGUUCCUGAGAUAGGCUCAAAUUAGGUAUCAGUGGAGUAGCUCAACCUUGUAAUUAAAUACUUACUUAUUGUCUAUAUAGGACUCCUCAUCUCGUCCCUCACAUGCAGGCAACUUUUGGGUUGACAUAGAGACCGGAUAAAUUGGGUGUAUAUGGUCCAAGGGCAAUCAUUUAUCUCCCAGACUACUUUAUAUUUGUUUGGUCUUCCAGCUUAAAAUGAAUUGGCCUCAAUAAAGAGGGUUCAUAAUUAUUUUAAUAGGUUAUGUUUUUUUCAUAGUUGGAACUGAGCUUGAUGUUUCACAGUUUUUGGCUGGGCCAAAUAUUCUUAUGCUAAAUUAUUCUGCUUGCCCAUAUCUGCAUCUCUUUUUAUUUUUCUAAGUAAAGGAUUGUUGCAGAAUCUUUAUGUUGUACAAUAUUUACAUACAUAGCUGUAGAAUAUUUACAUACAUAGCUGUAGAAUCUUUUUGUUGAUAUAUUCUAUUCUCCAUGGUAUGCUCCGUUGCAUAUUUAAAAUUCUGAUUUACAACAUAUCUUUAGUCGCAUGUCGUUCAGAUUUUUGACAUGAUCAGUUUGACAUCAGGGCUUCCUUUUGUGUGACAAAAAUGGAAUCAUAUUUUAUUUUUGCUUGAAAAUUCUAAAGUCAAAUGCACACUACAUACCAAAAAGUUGCAUAUUUUUUGCUUGUGCAUACUGUUUUGCUAAGAACUGAAGUAUGGAAUAAGGCCUAGUCGCAUUUCUGUUUUUAGAAUCAAAGAGAGAUGUAAAGCAGAAAUCAGCCCAGUUGUAUUUCUGUUUUUAUGUAUAAUCGUUUCUACAGAUUUCUGAAGACGUACUUUUUAUUUUAGAUUUUUUUCUCUGUGCCCUUUUAUGGUUUCAGCGCUCUCCUUUUCAGAGAUUUACAACCUUUCAGUUAUUAUGAAAAGAAAGCUUUUAAGUUUUUCAGAGGGAUAUAUCCUGAUGGAUAUCUCCUAAAUUAAUGCGAAAUAUAUGCCUUCUUUCAGGAAAAAGAAAGAGAGAGUUGGGAGGCGAACUGCCAAGCCCUUAGGAAUAAGGUGGAGGCAUCUGAGAGCGCCCGUCUUUCUUUUGAAAUUGAAGCAGCAAAAACGAAAUGUAUUUUCUCUUCUAUAAAUAACUUCCUCCGAUAUAUUUUUGAUUAUUUAGGUGGCGAUAAUUAUUUUUCUAAUUUUUUCUCAUGAUAUGAUCGUGUACAGCCCAACUGGAGUUAGAAUUGUCCUUGCAAAACCAGAUGCUGAAUUCACGCGAGGCUGACCUCACAGCUGCUAAAGAAGAGGUAAUUUUCAGUCACCUUAUUAAUUGAAUAUUUACCACAAAUUUAGUAUCUCGAUUUUCAAUAGGGAAGCACGUACCAGAAACCUGUUACUUAUUACCAAUAUUAUUUUAAUAUGUUAUUUUGAAAAAAUGAACCUUAGCUUUGUCAAACACGACCAUCUUGAAGUCAUACCUCUGUUUUAGAUUUCAAAUGAUAAUGCUAUCAUCAUGAAGCUAAGCUGGAGAUUACUGUCACAGAAGAUGCUGUGUACUUCUUAAAAAGAAGAAUCGUCAGUGAUCUUCACAUGAUGAGUAAUAACAUAAGAAUGAGGCGAAUAUUGUAGAUAUCAAGUAAUAUCAUAAUGUAUUAUUAGUACAGUGAAAGUGGCGUACGGUGGUCCGUUUGGAGGGUUUAUACCGAGCUUCAGGCUUCAAAAUCGAACUUGGAUGAUCGAAUGGUUUUGUUGGCUGACACCCAAUCUAUAAAGUUGCACAUGUAUUCUUAGCAAAAAUAAUGCAUUUGGAGUGAGCUUUUACACACCAGGUUUUAAGUAGUUUGUCGGUAAAUUGGAUCGUCAUCCAACUGUGCUUGUUAUUUCUGGAUGACAUGGUUUGCUACUUACUAAUGUGUAUAAAGGUACCCUUUAUGUAGUCAUUUACUAUAAAUGACCAUAUGUUCGUUGACAAAUGGGAAUUUGUAUACCCAUUCUUUCUCGCGCAUUUUUUUAAUAUGUUUCUAAUGUUUUAAUAUUCUCAUGAAAGAUAGCUGCAGCAAUCAUUUGGUUUCUAUAAUGUGAACAGAUAUCUGUGCGAGGGCCAAUUAAUUUUGUUUUGCCAUGCAGAUCAGUCGCUUGGAAAGUGAAUUCUCAUCUUAUAAAGUGCGUGCACAUGCACUUCUCCAGAAGAAGGAAGCUGAGAUAUCUGCAGCUAAAGACAAUGAAUUGAUAAAGGCCUACGAGGAAGCAGUCAAAGUACAAGUUCUCCAGCUUCCAGGAAUCACUAUCCACAUUAUUUUUUUUUACGGAAAUUAACUUUUUGGAUAUUGCUAUCUUUUCUUUAGGAAGCUGAGAGAGAAGCUUCAAUGGCUUUGGCUGAAAGGGACAAGGCACUUCAUGAUCUUCAAGUUGCUUUGGAUAGACAUGAUAAUAAAAUUGCAGCAAGGUCUAACCUAAUAUACUCGAUACAUCUUUGUUUUUGGUCAUUGUUUGUCUAGGUUUUUUUGUCAUGUCCUGAAAUAUUUUAACAUUAGACUGCUGCCGUUAGUAAAUAUUGUUGGAUCAAGUGUUGGGCUUGACUGUCAAACUGGGUCGAAAACCUCAUCUCUGGUCGUGGUUCGUUUGGAUAACCUGUCAGGUGUUACUAAUCUGGGAGACCUGGUCUGGUUGCAAGGAAUGUCCCAACGUGAGAUGUAUGACCACAGCAAGUUCCACUUCUCUCUUGCCCUCUCUGUCUCCCUCCCCUGCCUUAAAUUUCGAGGGAAUAAGUUUGCCCCCUAUGAAAAUCAGAAUGGGAGAGCAUGCACACCAAACAUAAUCCGAAAUGAAUGAUUUGGAUUGCUAUCUGCUAUCUUUUUCCGUAAUAUACUUGAUAACAACUUUUUCAUCAACUCUAGCGUCUGUAUUUGAUAUUUAAACCUGGGUUAAGCCUAGGGAAGGCUGCUCUCCAAAGUUUGGCAUCAUGACCCUUAUGGCGAUGUUCCUCUCCAUUUUUCUGCUUAUGGAAUACUUUUCCUUCUGUUGUCGUAUCCAACAACCCCCCCCCCCCUCCCGCUAUCUUCUGGCAUGAACUAUUUCUAGGAGUUGACAAUGAGGAAGAUACAAAUUUAUGGAAUUUAACUCUACAUUCCAUUUCUACUUCAGGGAUGCAGCUCUAGCUGAUGCACAGCAACGAAUCAAAAGUAUCUCUCUGAAACUCGAUUCCAUUAGCAUUCAAUAUCAAUCAGACAGAGAAUUGUGGCAAAAGAACCUUGAAGAUCUGGAAGAAAGUUCGAGCUGUAAUAAUCCAUUGCGGGCAUUUUUUUUCAAGUGAUUGGUUCGUUUUCUUUUGAAGGGUUCCUGUUACUGCUAAUGAAUGUAAUGACAUUGGCAGUGAGAUAUCGUGCCCUGGAGGCCCAAGCUAGUACGUAUAAUGGGGAUGAUCUGCAGAAGCAGCUGGAAGAACUUAGGCUCGAACAUAGGAAAUUGAAGGUGACCUGAAAAUGUUCCUUUCAUCCAAAAUAUUUAUUUGACAUGACAUCUCUGACGGGUUACAUUUUUGGGUGUGCUGUUACAGGAGGAGCACGAUACCUUUUGUGACAUUUCUGAUCGCAUGAUGGAAGAGAAGGAAAAGGAGAUCAUAAAGCUCAAGGAAGAGAACAGAAAUCUCUCCCGUGUUUUAGAACAGAGACAACACGUAUGUUUUUCCUCCAUAUCAACUUAUUCUUAAAUCCACGGUAAUUUCAUCGAUAUUUUUAUUAGAAAGUUACGACGUUGAUUCUAUUAACAUUCUUUAAUGCUAAUGCAUUCUUUCACGUGCAAAUCGGAUGCCAACCAACCACCACAAGUCCACGCAGUAUCUCUUCUCUUUACCUCCGUCUGAUUGGAACUUUUUUCAGCUCUCAAUAGACACUCAUAAAAAAUAUGGAAUGAUGAUGACUGUAGCUUCUUUUUCCCCCCAUCUGCUCUGAGUUCUUCCUAAAUUAUCCAUCUUCAACAUGAGUCAUCCUAAAUUAUAAAGUUAAUCUCCUCAGAUCUUUGGCCAAGUAAUACUGUAUUUACGUCCUAUAGAAUUUGGUAGGUGCACGCUACCUGCUUUUGGGAGGAGAUUUAUCCUAAUUGAUUAGGUUACUCCCCUAUCCAGCCCGCUCCUGCACUUUUUCUAUGGUUUCUAUGCGUGCUUUCCACUUAGCACUCUCUUUUUGGUUAAACAUGAGAGUCAAUAGUUGUUCAUAUUGGAUGAAAUUGACUCCGGUAGGAUCCAUCUCUUAAUUUUUUUUCAAAUGGGUCAGUAGUGCUCUUCUGACCAUCUAGAGUGGAUCAUCCGUAAUAACCAAGCCCAAGUAUUGUAGGAUCCGUGUGUUACAGUAUCUUUCUUUUCUCUUGCUCUCUAGACCUGUACUGUCUUGGGACAUCAGGUCAUUAGUCUUGGAUCUGAAAAUGAAGAAUUAAAUUUCUUUGAAUUUCGAGUCCAUGAUAACUGUUCUUCUAUCUUAAACUUGGCAGAUUUCUAUAAUCUUUUACUAGAUUCUUUUCGUCACUAUCGCGUUUUCCUCAUAUGGUUGACCUGUUUUUCUUUUCACAUAUGUUUCAGCUCACCGAUGGCAGCAACAGCGGCACAGGUAGCCAAAAACGUGACACUCUUUUGAUUAAUGGUCCUGUUUGAUUUAUCUUUUAGCUGCUUCCAUCUUCCUCGGGAAUGGUGAUGCGACCCAACUCAUCUAAGUUUGUCUUUUCACCAAAUUCGUCUCUUAGAUUAUGUGAAACAGGAUCCCCAAGGUCCCAACGUGGCAGCAGCAGAACAACAAAUCUUGGUAAUAUUCUUGUGCCCCUCCACCUUAAAGUUCAAUGAAUAGCACGCUGGGCUCCAAUGGAGCCCAGUUAGGGAAGUUUAGAGCACUCGUAGGUCAUGCUCGUCAUUAGGGAAGUGUUUUGCUCACCAACGGUUCCCACAGCCUGCACAGCAGUCCGGAUUAGGGCUACAUAGGAAGUGAAUGCAUGGCGAGUUUUGGUUUAGCAGGACGAAUGCUAAAGCGGGUUAUGCAUGUUUCGUAUUUCUCACCUCGGCCGCCUAGGGAUAUUAACAGUGAAAAGUGAUCAUUUGAAUUUGCAGCUUCUGGCCAGGCAGCAGGCGCAGAGAGAGGAGGAACUUGCACAGUCACAGCGUCACAUUUUGGCGUUGCAGGCGGGUCUCUUUGUAUCAAGCGUGCCACUCAGUCGUACGGGUUUGCACUGACGUCUUGUAUCACCUUGUCCAGGAGGAGAUUGAGGAGCUGGAACGCGAAAAUCGGCUUCACAGUCAACAGGUAGGGAGCUUCUGGGGGACCCCGGUUCAAUAGAUUCUGGGACCAUUUUGGUGCAGGUCCAUUUUUCGUUCGCUAAAUCUCGGCCUAGGGAUGAAUCUUAUCGUGGGCUCUUUCCCUCUCCAGGAAGCUAUGCUGAAGGAGGAACUCAGGAACAUGGAGCGGAAGCACAAGCGUGAUGGCGUGGACAUGACGUACCUCAAGAAUGUCAUUCUGAAGCUUCUUGAGACUGGUACUCGAGAGAGAGAUAGAAAAGCAGCCUUUUCACCGUUCUUUCUUCGCAUUUGGGCACCCCUCGCCUAAUAAGCGUGGUGAUAAAUGGAGAACAACAAUCAGAGGAGGUGGCUGAUCUGACUCCCUUUCUGUUUCGUUCAGGUGAAGUGGAGGCUCUGCUCCCCGUUGUCGGAAUGCUACUGCAAUUUAGCCCGGAAGAGGUGAAUUUUGACACUCUCCCCCUGUUAUUCUUAUUCUUUUUCUUAUUUUGACACUCCCCCUCAUUCUUGAGAAAUCCUGAGGCUUCUUCCUCAGUUAGUUGGCCUUUGAGAGCUGAACGUCUCCUCCCGCUUUGUGACCCGGCCGCAGAUGAGGAAGUGCCAGCAAGCGUACAGCGCCACGAACAACGCCACAGCUGCUCCCUUGGCGGGGCCUCCAACGGACAUGACUGCAUCGGCGACGCCUCGGUCUUUGUUCUCGAGGUUCUCGUUCAGCUAA